AUGGCCAAUUACACCAAAGUGACUGAGUUUCUCCUCAUGGGCUUUGCUGACAGGUGGGAGCUAAGGUUCUUGCCCUUCAUGCUAUUCCUGCUGAUGUUCCUGGCCACCCUCACAGGGAACUUUCUUGUUGUCAGUGCUGCCACUCUUGACAAGAACCUUCACACACCCAUGUACUUCUUCCUCAGGAAUCUGUCCGUCUUAGACAUGUGCUACAUUUCUGUCACCAUCCCCAAUGCCUGUAUCAACUAUGUCACUAAUAACUGGGCCAUUUCAAUGGCGGGGUGUGUGACUCAGAUCUUCUUGGUCAUUUAUUUUGCAUUUGUGGAGCUUCUGCUCCUCACCAUCAUGGCCCGUGACCGCUAUGUGGCCAUCUGCCAGCCCCUGCACUACUCCAUCAUUAUGAACCACCAGUUCUGUGUGCAAGCGACACUAUUUUCACUACUCAGUGGUCUUGCCUACGCAGCUGUGCACACAGGUAGCACAUUCCGGCUGUCCUUCUGUCAGUCCAACGUGGUCCAUCAGUUCUUCUGUGAUGUCCCCUCUCUGCUGAGCCUCUCCUGCUCUGACACCUUCAGCAAUUUCCUCUUACUUACGGUUUCUAUUGUUGCGGUUGGUGGUAGUUGCUUUAUUUUUAUUACCAUAUCAUACAUUCAAAUAUUUUCCACCGUGUUGAAGUUUCCACCCAGAGAGCGAGGCAAGGCCUUUUCCACGUGUGUCCCUCACAUCCUGGUGGUGUCUGUCUUCCUCAGCUCUAUUGCCUCCGUGUACCUGAAGCCUUCAGCAACUUCUGAAACCAUCCAGGGCAUGAUUCUUUCCAUAUUUUACACCAUAGUUCCUCCUUUCUUGAAUCCCAUCAUCUACAGUCUUAGAAACAAACAGGUAAAAGAAGCUGUCAGGAAAACAGUAUUUUUUUUCCUGGAAAGUAAGAGUUCAAUUUCAGGUUCAUCCCAAGUCACUGAAUGA